AUGGCCAGGCCAACUGCAGGCUGCCUGACUCUGCCUCUCUUCAACUAUACCAGAGACGGUCAAACAGGUUGGACAUCUACUCCCUCAGAGAAUGAAUACAUGUCAGCCAACAGCUCAUCUAACUACAUGCCAGAUGCCUUUGGAGGUCACCAGGCCUCAGGUUAUCUUGCCACUCCUCAGAACUACAAGUGGGACAGAAAGGACAACCCACAGGUUUAUCAGCAGCACUUUCAAUAUGGUAACAACUGGCCUGCACCGGGACCUGCUCCCACAACGAAAACCUGCACACCUCUGCCACAUCCAAACAAAACUGGAAACACAAGUUCUCCAAUGAGACAACAACAGCAUUACGGGUACAGUGUUGGCCCAAGACAAAACAGCUAUCAAGGUCCCUACAACAGUGGUGGUUUCUCUCCAAUGGACCAGCUUGCACCUUCCAGACAAGCUAAUCCCCGGAAGUUCCAGUUUUCCCCACAGCCCAGACCUCUGCAUCCUUCUUUCCCGCCAGCCGGUAGACCUCCUACUCAGGCACCCCACCCACAAAACACCUCCGGGCCUCAGAGAGCCUCUGCUGAGAGGAACAGCAGAGCGCAUGACCAUCAAACUGAGUCCCAAACUCAAACUCAGACACCACCAGCAUUUCAGAUUAAGCCAAAGACUGAAAGCUCAUUCAGGAUGUUGACUGCAGUUAUUGGUGGCAUGAGACACUGGAACCAAUACAAGAACAAAGUCCCAUGCCUAUUUGAGAUACUUGCCACUCUGGACUCUGCCGUCACAUUGGGUUCCCAUGGAGCCAAGACCUUCCUCAUGAGAGACGGAAAGGAUGUUGUGCAGUGCGUCUUUUAUGAAAAUGAAAAUGAGCUACCCCGUCUGAUUCGUGGGCAUGUCCACCGUUGCGUGGGCAACUAUAAUGCCACUAGCGAUACCCUCAUGUGUGUGUCUGUCAGGGCAGGCCUGCCCUCAGAGCAGAGUGAUGCCAAGAAGGUAGUCAAAGUAUGUGAUAUGAAGAUGAGGGCACUGGUAAAGCCACUCCAUGAAGUUUGAACCUACCUGACAACUCAUAGGCUAUUUGAACAGUAGAAAGUGAUAGGAGAGAUGUAUAGCAAUGCAUGAUUUA